CCGUUUUUAUUAUAUACGAGGCCUGGCCCCAAUCAUCCAAUUGUCGUAGAAUUAACGAGCUACAGGAGUGACGAUCGCCGGAAAAAGGAUGGAUUCCCAAACUCUUGCAAUAGCCACCAUGAUCAUAUUUUCCGAAAUGGGAGACAAGACAUUCUUCAUUACGGCGCUGAUGGCCAUGAAGCACUCCAAGACAUCCGCCAUUGCAGGGGCGCUGUCGGCCAACGCACUAAUGUCUGUCUGUUCAGCUAUGAUUGGUUCAAUCGCCUCCGUCAUGCAGAAGGACUACACACAUUACCUAUCCGUGAUUCUUCUGGUUAUUUUCGGCUCCAGGAUGAUUGCUGAAGGUUAUGCUAUGGAAAAAAGCCAAACUAAGGCUGUUAUCCAGGAAGCUGAAAACGAGACGUCUGAAGCAAACAGCAGCUGGACAAAGGUUGCGGGCAACUCUGCGCUCGUACAGACGUUCCUUUUGACAUUUUUGGGAGAAUGGGGCGAUAGGUCGCAGAUCUCUACGAUCGCUCUCGCAGCCAAUGAGAGCGUCACGAAAGUUGCUGCGGGCGCCAUCUUGGGCCACGCGGUGUGCAUCUUGGUUGCUGCCUACGGCGGAUGCCUGAUAGCAAACAGGAUGUCCUUGCGUUCAGUUACUCUUCUUGGUGGCUGCGUCUUCUUACUGCUAGCCUGCUCGAACGUCAUUAUGGGUCCCACAGUAUGACAACUGCAUGGCACCACGCGCGCUUCCCCAUCAUUUCCAUUGUGUGUUUUAUUCGCCGCCAAUUAAACUCAUUUGCGCCCUUUCCAGUGCUGCAGCCUU